CUCGCGCAACGAAGGAGGGAUGGUCCGGGGCGUGGGACCGUGUACUGCUCCCCGUGAGGGUCUUUUUAAUCCUUUCCAGCCUCAGGCUUGCAGGAUCCCCUCCCAGUGCCCCUCUGGCUUGGCAUAGCGUCGGCAGCGGCCUCCGGCAGUCUGUACCUUUACUUUAUGGGAGCCUCCUGUAAGGAAGGGUCGGUGUUCCCGAUGAGCAGCAGACCCGGAUUUCCCUCCUACUCUGAAUUGUAGACAGAAGAUUGGGCUGGAGGUAGGAUGGAAGAGUCACGGUGAUAAGGAGAGUUUCGUCCUGUACCUCCUCUUCCCUUUGACUGCAGUGCAUCGCCCGCAGCUUUCAAGUUUGCAUUGUUGAGGUGAAUUCCCUGGUGGUCCAGUGGUUAGGACUCCAUGCUUUCACUACCUAGAGCCGGGGUUCCAUCCCUGGUUGCGGAACUAAGAUCCCACAAGCCACCAGACGCUGCCCACACCCCCACCCCCCCAGACACAAAAAAGUUUGUAUUGUUGAAUUCCUGGGACUGAAUUGAGCCUAGUUUCUUGUUGGGUUAUGAUAAGGCAGCAGUCUAGGUAGGGGUCUAGGGGUGACAGCUGGGCCUCCUUGGGCUAAAGGCCUGGUUUCUGUUUACCAAUUUGCAAAAGAGCCAGGCUCCACAGCGAGAGUUGUAAAGUAGGGGACUAUUAACCUGCAAGUCCCUCGAUGGCACAUAUGAGAUGCCUAGAGCAUUUUCGUCCCAUAAACAGUACGAGCUUGAUAAACAGACUGAACAGUGCAUUCUAGGUGCAGUCACCUUUUUGACAAGGUCCCCAGAGCUUCUGAGCACCUACUGGCCAGUAGUGUAUUCAGGGAUGUCAAAGUUGACUCUUGCACAAUUACCCCUCAGUGCAUUCUAGAUGUGAUCGUAUUCUUGAAAGAAACCUAAAUUUAUCAGUAGUCACGUCAGAGCAUUCAGGCCUUUAAGUGCAAGUGGGAUCCAGAAUCCUGGAAGUGCUAUGAAGUCUACGGCCCCUACGGGCACCGCGUUUAGAAACCUACGCUACCUUCCAGAAGCCUCAGACCCUGGGGCAGGUGCCAAAGCCUCUAAGACUAAGUCCUCGAAGCCAGCAGCCAUGUCCACCCGAGACCCGGGGGUCCAGGGCAUCAGGCACUGAGGCAGACACCCCCGGUGCGGGCUGCGCAGGCGCGGGCGGCCCGGAAGGGCCCCGGCGCUCCAGGCUGCGCAGGCGCAGGAGCGGCUGCCGGCGAGUCCCCACGGCGGCGGCGGCGGCGGCGACUGAGGAGCCGGGGCGUGGAGCAGCAGUGGCGGCGGCGGGCGGCAACGGAGCAGCCAUGAGGGCCGGGCCCAGUCACCGACAUGUGAGUGACUGCCUCACGUUGUGUUGAUGCUGGUCUGCCAUGCUAGCCUGUCUACCAGGGCCAGGUGACCUGUCCUUUCAGCUUCUUUCUCACACGCAGAUGAACACUGGACUUCAGAAAUGGGACACUACACAGAAAAUGAGAACUGCUCACUAUCCUACCCCAGCCGAAUUGGACGCGUAUGCUAAGAAGGUCGCAAACAACCCACUGACUAUAAAAAUCUUCCCCAACAGUGUGAAGGUUCCCCAGCGGAAACACGUUCGUCGUACUGUGAACGGCCUCGACACAUCAGCCCAGCGCUACAGCCCCUACCCGACUCAGGCUGCCACCAAGGCAGGCCUGCUUGCCAUUGUCAAAGUGCCAGCCAAAAGCAUACUCAAGGACUUUGACGGCACCCGAGCCCGGUUGCUCCCUGAGGCCAUCAUGAACCCCCCAGUGGCGCCCUAUGCUACUGUGGCACCCAGCACUUUAGCCCACCCCCAGGCCCAGGCUCUGGCCCGCCAGCAGGCCCUGCAGCACGCACAGACCCUGGCCCAUGCCCCUCCCCAGACGCUGCAGCACCCUCAGGGUAUCCCGCCACCCCCAGCGCUGUCCCACCCUCAGAGCCUCCAGCAGCCUCAGGGCCUGGGCCACCCUCAGCCCAUGGCCCCAACCCAGGGCUUGGUCCACCCUCAGGCCCUGUCUCACCAGGGUCUCCAGCACCUCCCCACUCCCUUGCUGCACGGAGGCCGGAAGAUGCCAGACUCAGACGCCCCCCCGAAUGUGACCGUGUCUACCUCAACUAUCCCCCUUUCCAUGGCGGCCACCCUGCAGCACAGCCAGCCCCCGGACCUGAGCAGCAUCGUGCACCAGAUCAGCCAGUUUUGCCAGACGAGGGCAGGCAUCAGCACUACCUCAGUGUGUGAGGGCCAGAUCGCCAACCCCAGCCCCAUUAGCCGCAGUCUGCUCAUCAAUGCAAGCACUCGGGUGUCGACCCACGGCGUCCCCACACCAAUGCCUUCAUGUGUGGUCAAUCCCAUGGAGCACACCCACGCGGCCGCAGCCGCAUUGCCCGCUGCGGGCCCUGUCAACCUGCCCACGGGCAUCUCUCGAGCCCCCACUGGCUACCCUAGCGACCUCAAGCCAGUCGCCUGGAACCAGCACCAGCUGGCCCACCUACAGCAGAUGUGCAGUGAGGCCGGCGGGACGCCGGCCCCUGGCCUGACAGGCAAGCAUGCGGCAGGACGCGAGUUGGCGGGGCCUGGCUUUGUGGGCAAGGCCCCUGCCUACCCGCAGGAACUGUGCAUGGCGCAGGCUUUCCAUCUGAAGCCACCCCUGGAGAAGCCAACCCCGUCCCCACCAGUCAACGGCCUGGCAGCCCCACUGGCCUACCCUAAUGGUCACUACUUCCAGCCCCUGUGGAACAACAUUCUGCCCACUCCCAAUAGCGACAGCUCGGGGUCUCAGGACCUCGCCGUGCCGUUCCACAGUGGGCAGCCUGCGGGCGCACCCCUCGACUGCGCGGCGGCUGGGGCCCACUACCGGGCAGGGACCGGGGGCGGGCCGGUGGCAAGCCAGAACAGCCUGGUGCAGACAGUGGAUUACCUAAGCGGGGAUUUCCCGCAGGCCUGCUUCCGAGACCAGAGCCUGGCCGUGCUGAGCAAGGCCCACCGAGCCCCUGGCAGCCGAGCCCCUGAUCCCACAGAUAGUCGAAAUCUUCAUAUUCAGCACCCUGGGUAUAGAUAGGUAGCCCUGGUGCCCUCCACAAGCUACACAUCAUACGUCACCCUCCUAGGUUUAGUCUUACUUUUGAGUAAUUGGAUAGUUUCAAAGUUUCACUGCUCCAACGUGAUCAUUCUUAGAUGUCUAAGAAAGGGAGUUUAGUGGGAUCUAAUUGAGGACAGAGGGGGGUCCUCUUUGCUCUCAUCUUCCUCUCUACCAGCCUCAGCAACUUUUGGGUUUAUGUUGGGACCUCAUCCCAACUUCAGGCUUUUCUCUCCAAUGCCUGCCUGUCAGUGCAGUUCUUCCCCCCACCCCCACCUCGGCCAUUUCCCACCAGCCCCCUUUUGUCUGUUCCUGCACCUCUCACUGUUUCUCUUUGGACUGAGGUGUGGGCUACGGGAAGGGCCCCCUAGGUCAGGUAGCUGUCAGUGCCCAGCCACCUAAGCUAGGUCUCUCCCUGUCUGUCUCUCUGGGACUAAGAAGCCAGACCUCCCAAGUGCUCUGAAAGCCAAUUCCUUGUUUACCCAAAGACCUCAAAUCAAAACUGACCCAGUCUGCCAUCUCCUCCCAGCCCUUCUCCUUUCCUCAAGGCUUUGUUUUACAUCUGCAUUGAUCCCAGAGCCACUGCACUUGUCCUUGCCACACUCCUCAAGGGCAUCCUGCAGCACGUGGCCAUAGCCUUGAGACCAAGGGGGAAAAAAACCUGUGUUUGGAUUGAUACCUUCGUUCCUGACUCCCUUUCCCUGCCUAGAGAAAUGCCGAGACCAUCCAGCAUACCCAAGAUCUUUCUCGCUGCUGUCUCUCUCCUAAGUCAUCUGCUGCCCUCAUCCCCCACUCCCCCCUCAAAAAAAAAAAAAAACGCAAAACAAAACAAAAAAGUCUUUCUUGAGGGAUUAGGUAGUAGGUAUGGGAUGAUCACAUUGGAGUUUGGAAUUAAAAACACUGAAAAAAAAAAGUGCAUUUGGUUCUCUCUACACUGGCUAAGAAUAUUGCUCUACGCUGUAAGUUUUAAACGUCCUGUCUCUGUAUGAAUGUAGUGUGGGUUUGAGUAGCAAUGUGUGUGAGCGGCCCCACAGGUGCAUCCACUGUCUAGUCACCUUUCACAGCCCCUCAGUUUAACGAAGAAAACACAAAGCCUUAAGCUCUUUGAAUUCUCCUUUACCAAAUGAGCAUGGUUCUAACAGCUGGAGAUGGGCCUCUCUUGGAAACAGCCCCUUCUGCCCCUCGCCCUUUCUUCACCCACUCCAUGCUCCAAGUCUCAUUCCCAGGUGACAGUUAGUUGGCUAGAAAUUUAAAAUUUUUCUGUAACUUCAGAUUAUGUUUUGUUGUAAUGUUUUGCCCCUUCUGUUAAAGAUGCAUAGUUGGGCUUUUUUUUUUUUUAAACCAAAUAAGCCCUACCCUUUCCUCUUGUCUCUGGGGAACGUGAGCUUUCUUAUUUAAGAUUUGGGGUUUUGUUUACUAUACGAUCCACUGUUCUUUAGCCAGAAAUUCUCUAGUGAUCUGAAGCAGUGCGACUGAAGACCAGUUUUUAAAUUAUGUGUUGGCAAGUUGCCUUAUAUUUAAAAAGAGAAAAAAAAGGAAAAAAAUGCCUGAUUGUGUUAUGCCAAAUGAUAGCAACAUGAAGUCCUAACUCAUUGUUCCCAGUGGUUUUCCUGCCGUCUGUGAACACUGGCACCUCCCUGUCCUGAGCCCCCAGGAGUACCUGCAGCUUCUGGUGCGAUGCCUUCUCCCUGUGUGUUGGCCACCAUCUCACCCAGGGGCCCCUCCCAGUUCUCGCUUCUCUGAGUUAAAUUCUCUGAAUGAACACCAUUGUCUCCCUUUAUCCCUUGCUUGAUCUCGAAACCAGAUAUUUUUGCUGUAAUUUGUUCCAAUGCCUCCCCCCAAAAGGUGAGCUGCCCUUUUAGGAAAUUGGACCAGACACCAACUUGGGGGCUUAAAAUCAAACCUCAAACCCAUCUCUUCCUGUGUAGGGGUGCAAGCCUCUGAAGCUCUCACUCCCACCCCUAGUCUGCAUGGAAAAUGUACUGUGACCCCCCUGCCCCCCAUCUACCCUCGCCUUUGGUGUGAGAUGUUUCCUAGUUCACCCUGAGCCCCUCUUGCCAGCCAACCCCCAACCAGCAAUAAGGGUCCAAGCCAGGGCCUCCUAUCCACACCCCCUGCCUCCAUUCCACACUGCCCCUAGAAGAUACCUGGAUCCUCACGCCGCCCACAUACUGUAGCAUUCAUUCUCCAUCUCCUUCAUCUUCUCACCUGUGGUGGUUUAUGGGCGUGAUGGGGUUUUUAAGAUUAUUAUAAACCAGUAAAAAGAAAAAAACUCACCUUUGAUCUUGUCCUAUUCGUUUAAUGCUGUCAGUGUUUGAGAUGAUCUUUCUUAACGGUUUUUAACGUCUUAAGAGAAUUUCUCAUUUUUAAGGGGACCCCUAUAGUAUUUGUCCCCGUCAGAAGCCCUCCCACUCCAUUAUCCCAGACCAGGUGUGUUCAGUCAGCCCCUGGAGGGCACCUGGCUGACUGGCCCUCUCCCUAGGCAGGGCUGCAGGGGGCUUGGUGGGAUUUGAUGGUUAAGUAUGGUUCGCUACCCCUCACUGGAGGUCCAGUUCAAUGUAAAGCCACUUUCACUCCAAGGACUAUCCGUCACUGAAAAACGGGGACCUGGUUUGCUAAUAAGCCAGCUUAAGACUAAACGACCCUUCCCCCCACCCCACAACCUUCUCCCACCUCGAACGUUUUGGAAUUUGAGGACCUCUGGCAGGUGGAAGUAAUAGGUGGUGUGAUCUGUAGCAUGAGAAGUGGUCCUCUUGCUGGUUUGAAUCUUAAGGGUUGAGUACUGAUGGGAGAACUUUCUUCUGUCUGCAGGGGAAAAAAAAUCCAAGAGCUAUUUACGUCCCCUCCUCCCUCUCCACUUUCUGCUGCGUUUGGGUCUGGGCUAAGAUGUGAUGGAGGGAAGGAAAGAUCCCAC